GAAGAAACACUAUGGCCCUAGAUUAACUCUUAUGUAUACUGACACAGGUAAAUAUAAUUAAAAUAAUCUCAUGUAUAUAAUAUAUUAAUAUCAUUAUUUUUCUAGAUUCACUAGUGUAUCACAUUCAAACGGAUGAUUUCUACAAAGACUUGGCGGCUAACAGUAGCUUUUUGGACCGGAUGGACACCGCCAACCUGCCCAGUGACCAUCCGUGUUAUGUGGCAACCAGAAAGAAGGAGCCAGGACUCUUUUCCGACGAGGUGGAUGCUAAUAUUAUUACUGAGUUCUGUGCGUUGAGGGCCAAGUCGUAUGCGUUUAAUGUAUAUACUGGACCAGAAGACAGAGUAGGAGGAGGAGCGAAAAUUAAAGCGAAGGGUAUCAGGUCUCAUGUGGUUAAAAACCACAUGACAUUGGAAGAUCAUAGGAAGUGUUUGUUUGGGGAAGAAGGAGUAGAGUUAUACAGAGAUAAUGUUUCAAUUAGGUCGUUUAACCAUCAACUUGUAACGCUUAAAACUAAGAAAUUGACAUACAACAGCUACGAUGAUAAGAGGGUGGUGCUAGAAGAUAAAAUAAAUACACUAGCCCAUGGUCAUUAUAGUAUAGAGGAAGAUGAUAUAUGGCCAGAACUUGAGGAAAUAUUAUCAUAUUGUAGAUGGAUGACAAUAUUAGUAUAA